AUGACACUGCAAAACCUACCAUUCGAGAUACUAUGUAUCAUCAUUCGAUUUAUAGGUAGCGAUCAGCUUCGCAAACAGGAAGUCUGCUGUUUGUUGGUCUGCAAGUUGUGGUAUCAGAUUGCACAGCCGCUCCUGCUAGAGGACCUGAAGCUGAGUGCGACUCAGUUGGUACAUGCCCCUGAAAACGUGUAUCCAAACCUGAGGGCGUUUUUGCGACAGCUCACAAUUGAUGCGCAUGGCCCCAAGGACUGGCCCGCUGAGCAGGAUCUCGCGAAAUUCAAUGAAAUACUCACUUCAUUGGCUAAACGGAGCAAUCAUUUAACAUCUUUCACUUUACGUGUCCGCAGCCACUUCGACCCAGUCAAUCCGCUGAUUCCUCGCCAGCAAUAUAUUUCAUCAUGGGACCCAACUCAAUUUUUGAGCGGCCUGGGUACCUCCAACCUCUCACACCUAGUCAUUGAUACCUACGGAUCAGAAAUGAGCAGCGCCAUACAUAUUUGUCCUCAGCUGGCGCUCCAGAUCCCUUCACUGAGGUCCAUGCGCUUACGCAUGUGUAGAAUUUGUCCACAGAUUUUUGAAUUUCGGCAGGGCGACAGUGCUAUGCCGUUGCAGAUUGAGAGUCUUAUCAUCAACCUCAGUCUCCAAGAUGUCGAUCGAUUCUCCGCAGGAUUUAGUCAUCAUUGUACUGAGCCAAGGAGGGCGUUGAGCCUAUACAAUGAGAUGAUUGCGACAGGUACUGAGAUUGCAAAACAAACCCCAAGCCUCAAAGUAUUCAAAAUUCUGUGCCACAAGCAUCCAACUUCCGAUACGAUGACUAUGAACUGUAUUACUGGGAUUAGGACCAUUCUUGCUGGCGCCGCCUGGGACUGGGGCGAUGAAGGGGAGUCUGAACCUGGCGAAUGGGUUUCCAACGAUUUCUCAUCGGAUAGUGAUUCCUCAAGUUGA